ACCUAAAAACGACCACAGCCGUGACGGCAGCAGCAGCCAGCAGUUCCGAUCAGCCCCACCGAAAGGUACCUUGUACAAGCUGGGCACCUCGCCGUCGCCGCCCUCCGCCUCCUCGCCGUCCCACUCCCACUGGGGCUUCGCCGCCGGGAUGCCGCUGUCGCGUCCCACCGACAUCGGUGGCGUAUGAGCAGAGGACGACGCGGCCAAACCGUCGACCGCCGCCCGGCUGCGCUCCAGCGCGCGAUCUCGCCUCGCCUCGCCUCCCAUGGCCGCCCCCUGUUUCUCGGUUCUUUCGCUCGCCUUCUAGGCCCAAGCCCAAUAUCCCUCAAAUAUGCAAUUGCACCCCCGAAGUUGAGGAAAAACGCACUCUAGAUCCUUCUCCUUCGCAACAAGAGUCCGCGCGACGCAAGUCGAAGCACCGCCACCGAGAAUGGCGGAUCUCACGGGCGGCGGCGGCGGAGGCGGCGGGAGCGCGGGGAGCCGUCGGCCGCUGGGUUUCCUGAAGAACGCGGCGAAGCACAAGCACGGGUUCGUGCAGCUGCUCCUGAUGGGGAGCGUCCUCAUGAUGAGCCUGCGGACCCUGGGCCAGAAGCACCGCCGCCGCGACCUCAUCUACGACAACGCCGACCUCCGCCGCGAGCACGACGACCUAUCCCUCCGGAUGCGCGACGUCCAGGACGCCCUGCGCCGCGAGGCCGACGCCGACGAGUCCGGCGCGCUCGCCUCCCAUCUCCGCCGCAUCUUCGCCGCCCACCCCGCCUCCACCGAUGACAAGUAGCUCGUUGCCCGGCUAAUCUCCGCCGCACUCUCAGUCCUCCCCCGCGAUGUGUGAUCGCUGCGUAUUUACUUGUCAGAUCUUUGCCCCAUGGCGUCUAGGCUUGCACGCGAUUUGUUCGUCGAAAUGCCGCACAGGCUGUGAGCCUGUACCGAACCGUGAACUCGCUGUUUGAGGCAGAAACGCAUUUUUGUUGUUGGACUGAUAAGACGUCCUAUAAUUCUGAGAUGCCUGUUUUUCUUGCGAUUUUGGAUCCGAGUGCUCAUAGCCUGAUCACUUA